AUGAGCUUCCGGUCGGGCUCGCCUGCCCGCUCGGAGAAUGAACUCGAUAUCGGCAGCGCACUGUUCGGAGGAGACGAUGGCAGCUCAGACGACCGAAAUGGCCAUCUUCAAGGACAAGAUCUGGAUGUCAUGGCAGAAGACUCCGCCACUGACGACGAGGCUAUCAUCGCUGCCCAGCAAGCCGCAUCAAACCGGAAGGCGAAAAAUUUAAAAGGACGGACCGUGAAAAAAGGCGGCGGCUUCCAAGCCAUGGGUCUCAAUGCCAAUCUGCUCAAGGCUAUAACAAGGAAAGGCUUCUCUGUCCCUACACCGAUACAGCGCAAGACGAUCCCUUUGCUGCUCAAUGACAAGGACGUGGUGGGCAUGGCGAGAACGGGUUCUGGCAAGACUGCGGCUUUCGUGAUACCCAUGAUCGAGAAGUUGAAAGUUCACAGCACAAAAGUCGGAGCAAGGGCUCUCAUCCUGUCGCCAUCAAGAGAACUGGCUUUGCAGACAUUGCAGGUGGUCAAAGAUCUCGGCAAAGGCACCGAUCUACGCUCUAUUCUGCUCGUUGGUGGUGACAGUCUGGAGGAGCAGUUCUCUGCCAUGGCGAACAAUCCGGACAUCAUCAUUGCCACUCCGGGGAGAUUUCUCCAUCUGAAGGUCGAGAUGAACUUGGAUCUGUCCAGUAUCCGGUAUGCCGUAUUUGAUGAGGCUGACCGGCUGUUCGAAAUGGGCUUCGCCGCUCAACUGACUGAGAUUCUUCAUGCUCUACCGGCUUCGCGACAGACUCUGCUCUUCUCGGCCACGCUACCAAAGUCACUGGUGGAAUUUGCAAGGGCCGGGCUGCAAGAUCCCGUAUUGGUCCGUCUGGACGCGGAUAGCAAGAUCUCACCGGACUUGCAAAAUGCAUUCUUCACCCUGAAGUCGUCGGAGAAGGAAGGUGCUCUGCUACACAUCCUUCAAGACAUUAUCCAAAUUCCCACGAGAUCCCAUCUCGUCAGCUCGACCAGGACUUCUAGGAGCGCAGCUACAGCUGGCAAGAAGCGGAAAAGACAAGAAGCAGAAACGGCAUCAGACAGCACAAACACAGCCUCCUCCAACCCCUUCUCAACCAUAGUCUUCACGGCCACAAAACACCACGUCGAAUAUAUCGCCAACCUUCUCCUCCUAGCCGGGUACGCGGUGUCCUACGUGUACGGCUCCCUCGAUCAAACGGCUCGAAAAUCACAAGUCCACAACUUCCGAACAGGCCAGACGAACAUCCUCGUGGUGACGGACGUGGCGGCUCGUGGCAUUGAUAUUCCUGUCCUGGCCAACGUCAUCAACUACGAUUUCCCUUCUCAGCCCAAGAUUUUCGUCCACCGCGUUGGUCGGACAGCAAGAGCAGGACAGAAGGGGUGGAGUUAUAGUCUCGUGCGGGACGCCGAUGCGCCAUACCUGCUUGAUCUGCAACUCUUCCUCGGCCGAAAGCUGGUGGUCGGCAGGGUGGGUGGUGGUAGCGGGGAUUUCGCCCAAGAUAUCGUGGUCGGGACUUUACGCCGGGAGGACCAUCAGACGAGUGCCGAAUGGGCUACAAAGACGUUAGAAACGGACGCCGACCUCUUUGCCCUCCGCGGUGUGGCAUCAAAGGGCGAGAAGCUGUACCAACGGACCAGAAACUCGGCCUCUUCGGAGAGUGCGAAGCGAUCAAAACAACUCGUCUCCUCCCCUGGGUGGGCCGAGCUGCACCCUUUAUUCAACAACCAGGAGGACGACAUGGAAGUGGCGAGGGAGAAGAUGCUGGCCCGAGUGGGCAACUUCCGGCCGCAGGAAUCGAUCUUUGAAAUUGGUGCCCGACGUGGAGGUCGCAAGAACAACGAAGAAGCAGUGGACGCGAUCCGACAGAUCCGAUCAGGCCUGGAGAACAGGAAGCAAAAAGCUGCAGAUGCGGCGCAGGCACAGCAAGCACAACCAGCACUCGAGGACGACGUGGUAGCCACGCAGGCAACUCCAGACGUGCAAGGAGACUCCGAAGACGAAGAUGAAGACGACGACCACCCCGACGUAGACGCCAUGUCCGAAGCCUCGGCCACCGACCUCGAAGUCACAUUCUCCGAGCCGUACGCCAAAAAGUCCAAAAUUAAUUCCAAGUCCUCAAGAAAGUCCGAAGGCACCAACUUCCGCGACCCCUCAAACUACAUGUCCUACCUCCCCACCACGCAAGAUCUGACCUCGGACCGCGCGUACGGCGUGCACACGGGCAGCAACACCUCGAACUUCAUCGAGUCCGCCCGCUCGGCCACCAUGGACCUCGGCGCGGACGAAUCGUCCAAGACCUUCGGCGAAAACAGGCAGGUCAUGCGCUGGGACAAGCGGCACAAGAAGUACGUGCGCCGGGAGAACGACGACGACGGGUCCAAGGGCCGGAAACUCGUCCGUGGCGAAUCGGGCGCCAAGAUCGCGGCCAGUUUCCGCAGCGGGCGGUUCGAAAGGUGGAUGAAGUCGAACCGAGUGGGCAGGAUGGGUAGGGUGGGCGAGGAUGAGAAGAACACUAGCGGCCAAGCAGGUGUCACGAACGGCAGUAUGCGAGGGAAGCGGUUCCAGCAUAAAACCAUCAGAGCGCCAAAAGCGCCAGACAAGUUGAGAGGCGAUUACGAGAAGCAGGUCCUCAAGGCCAAGGGGGCGAAAGACCGGGCGGACCAGAACCCCGGAAUGGGGGGCAGCGCCAGCGCGACGACGAAGAACGGGAAGGGAAAGGGGGGGUUGAAUACCAUCGAUAAGAUGGUCAAGGAGAGGAGACUGAAGGAGAAGAGGAGGGAGAAGAAUGCCCGGCCCAGGAGGAAGAGGGUGUAG